AGCUCGACAGGCUCCAUUUUGUGAGAAGCUGCCGAAGCCGAGUCGAGCGUCGCUCCCGUGAAGAGGCACAUCCCCGAAACGACAAUAGAACAGUCCAAGUUAGCCGACGAACCGCUCGCUAACCAAGUUAUUAUCCGAAAGGAAAGCAAAUCUUAUCGUAUGUCCGGUAUCCAGAACCUCCAAACUUUUGACCCCUUUGCUGAUGCAACUAAGGGUGAUGACCGCCUCCCAGCCGGGACAGAGGACUACAUCCACAUAAGAAUCCAACAGCGGAACGGCAGGAAGACCCUCACUACUGUCCAGGGCAUCUCCGCCGACUAUGACAAGAAGAAGCUAGUCAAGGCCUUCAAGAAGAAGUUUGCCUGCAAUGGGACAGUGAUUGAGCACCCAGAGUAUGGUGAAGUGAUCCAGCUGCAGGGAGACCAGCGCAAGAAUAUCUGCCAGUUCCUCAUUGAGAUUGACUUGGCCAAGGAGGAGCAGCUCAAAGUCCACGGCUUCUAGAAGCUGCUUGCAGCCCUCUCCCCUCCUGGAAGGCCAUUAAACUCCCCCAUCCCCCUCUCUUCCCCUCUUCCUAUGUGCUGCUGUUGCUCUUCCUCCCCCCUCUCCCCCCUUGCAACCCCACCAGCUCCUAUUAGCUAACACGUGAAUUACCUCUGACAAACAUGGGACUCUGUAACACCACCGCCCCGCUACGACACCAGGGGGCAGGCUCGCUCUCGCAAAGACACACCGCUGCAGCUCCACACAACAUCAGGGAUGAGUGGUGAUGACCCUCCCUCACACACUUCCUCCUUCCUCGUCCCCUUUGUUUAUUUCCUUUUAAAUUUUUUUCAUUUUAGGUCUUGUGCCAUGUUGCGGAGGCACCGUUUCAUGUAACGUUUUUGUUUUGUACUUCAAGGUGUUUCAAUAAAACGAUGAGUCUCCAUA